GCGUGUGUUUGAGUCACUAGUAGCGACUCCCCGCGUUAAAAUAGACAAUCAGCUGCACGGGUAAUAAAAAAGUGUAUAGAUAAAUAUCUUAAUGAGGCGGUGUGAGCUGAUCACUUAAAUGAUAUGCUUUGACCGAGUGAGACACUGCAUUUAAAAAGUUGUGGCAUGUCUGUGCGCUGCUGAGAAUAACAGUCGUUUUGUGCUUUGUAUUUAUUGUGCAUGCUCUUAUUGAACUGGACGCAACAGCGGAGCCUUAUGACAUUACGCACAGACCGGGAGCGGGGCUGCUAAUGGGCGGCAUAGGUGGCAACCUUUACCUCAGCAUGUUGAAUGGGACUGAAACGCAAACUUUCGGAAAGAGCACGGACAUCAGCAGUCACCUCCACCGCGGCGGCAAGGAUCUAGCAGAGUUUAAAAUGGGGAUCCAGGACGCCAGGUUUUACUACCCAGACUCUGUUCAGAGCGGGCAGGACGCCCUGGCUCUGCCGUACCACUCGGAGCAGGCGGUGGGAGGGUACGGAGCGCAGCCGGGCAGGUUUUACGCACAGACCCUCGGUAGUUGCCCGUACGGCGGGGUGCGCUCGCCGCCAAGAAGCGGAGCCGUGCAGGGGUACAUCUCCGUGGCGGGAGACGGGUUUUCUACAGCCGAUAAAGACUUGUACUCUCCUUCCCCGGAGAACUACACGGCCAGCUUUCAGCACGGCUACCAGCGGCCGCCUCUUUACCCUUUACCUGGGCUACAGGUGUGCGGGAAGACCCAGGCUCUGCUCAAUAACUACCCGUUAUGGGCCAAGUUCCACAAGUUCCAAACCGAGAUGAUAAUCACCAAACAGGGGAGGAGGAUGUUCCCCUUCCUGAGCUUCAACAUCAGUGUUCUGGACCCAUCUGCUCAUUAUAACGUCUCCGUGGACGUGGUUCUGGCGGAUCAGCACCACUGGAGGUACCAGGGCGGCAAGUGGGUCCAGUGUGGGAAAGCGGAGGGCAACAUGCCAGGAAACCGGAUGUACACGCACCCUGACUCUCCCAACACAGGAGCUCACUGGAUGAGACAGGAAGUGUCCUUCAGCAAACUCAAGCUCACCAACAACAAGGGCAGCACCAAUAAUGUUGGACAGAUGAUCGUGCUCCAGUCGCUCCAUAAGUACCAGCCUCGCCUUCACAUCGUGGAGGUGAAGGAGGACGGCUCUGAAGACCCCUUCCUUUCAUCCAAAGCUAAGACCUUAAUCUUCCCCGAGAAUCAGUUCAUCGCUGUCACCGCUUAUCAAAAUGCAGAUAUCACUCAGCUGAAAAUAGACCAUAACCCCUUCGCUAAAGGUUUCCGCGACAAUUACGACACGCUGUAUGCUCCUCCUGACUCUGAUCGCCUCACCCCCUCCCCUACUGAGACCCAGCAGCUGCUGCCAGGGAGCUGCUACCCCCAAGGCUACCUCUCUGAGCAGUACAUGAGCCCUCUUCCUCAGAGCCGCUUCUACGGCCGCGAGCCCCUCGGUAUGGGCCAGCAGCACAAAGACCCGUCCUCCAGCCCGGGUCCUCACAGCCGCUGGUACCUGCCGCCUCAGCAGGGUGUGGCCACCAAUCGUCUUGACUUCACUUCCUCCUACGAGGGGGACUUCUCUGGAAACGGGUUCUACAAACCCUUCCCCUUGCAGACUUCCGCUCACCAUGCCCUCAGCUACUACCCAGACCUCCCUUUUGCAUCUACGAGCGUGUCUGUAUCAGGAGCCACUCCGGCGGGCUGGACCACCAGCCGGCCCACCAGCCGGCCCACCCCUCAGUACCUCAGCCACCAGAGUAAACCCGGCCCCAGCCUGGGCUGGUUCAGACCCAUAUCGUCCUCAUCAUCGUCCUCAUCUUCUUCUACGUCGCCUGGCAACCCCAGACUGCACCCGCCCUCGCUCCUGGAGUCUCUGCAGCCAGCCCUGCUGCAGGACAAGCCCAAAGACACUGUGGAGGUGGUGUCCGAGGACCCCUGGCUGGAGCCACCCUCUGUGAAAUCAGCGGCCUCGGCCGACUCGGGCCUUUAUGAGGGCGGCGUGGGCGACAACAAGAAGAGAAGGGUGUCGCCAUACACUUCCAGCACUGAAAACUCCCCACCUCCGCGCAGUGGGGAGGUCUGCGAGAAGGACAGCAACACUGAUGCAGACUACUAUGGCUACUACACUCACUGAAGACCUCCCAGGGCUGCCCACACCGCCCUCAUGAACAUGCACUGGUCUGAUGAAGGGCUGGGACAGACAAACACCAGAGUCCCCCCUCAAAAGUGUCAGAUGAUAACAGGAAAAACUUUCAAGGUUGCUGUCAAAUUGAACAGAAGUGGAUGUGACUGGGAAACUAGCCUAGAGUCACAUAAACACCAUACAGACAAACAGACCUGUGACUUAAGCCUUUGAAACAUCUAUAGAUUUUGGGGGGGGAAAUGAUCUGCAUAUCUACUUGUUGACAGUCGCCUGCAGGUAUUGUCUGUUCUUUCUGCAUCAAACUCUCUCGGUCUCUUCUGCUCCGUCUUGUCUCUUCCUUUUUCUCACCCUCAACCUUUCACACAUACUCUCACAAUAUGCUCACGGUCAUUUCCCCUUAUGAUUCUGAGCAGAAAAUACAUUUCACUCACAGUCUUCUCUGCAAAUCAAUUUGUUUAGUGCAGCGCCCACCAGCGUCCACAGAGAAGAACUGCAGGAUGACAGUGCAGAGGUAAAGAGAACACUGUCAAUAGGUUAAGAAGGUUUAGCUAGCACAUGUCCUGAAGCCUAAUCUACCCGAAUCUGUGUGUGUGUGUGUGUGUGUGUGUGUGUGUGUGUGUGUGUGUGUGUGUGUGUGUGUGUGUGUGUGUGUGUGUGUGUGUGUGUGUUAAAGCUAAGUAAAUCAGCGACCACAGCGGAAAUAGCAAGUCCUUUCUGUCCAUUCUGAUUCUGAUUCUUUUAACUGAACACAAUGCAAUACAUCUCACACAGAGACAGAUAAUAUCAAAAUGUUGGUUUAAACUGUAUGAUAAAAUCUCACCUAACAACGUACAAACAGAUGUAUAAAAAGGGAGUCUAUAGAAUAAAUAAAUAAUUAUAUAGCUUUGUUUGAGCUGUCGAUUAAUCAGUUAAAAUUAAUUACCAAAAACAAUUUUGAUAUUGAAUUAUUUAAGAGAAUAGACAUUCUUUAAUAUGUCACCUGCUUCAAAAGUUAACAGCCGGUUAAAUGGGUGGUAACAUUGGUAUAACUUUGAACUGAAUUUCUUCAGAUUUUUGCCAAAAAGAUACAUUUAAAGACGACACCCUGGGCAGGAGGAAACUUAAUAGAAUUUCACAAGUUUUAAGAUUUGUUAAUCAAGCAUGGAAAAGUUACUUGUUGUUUCUGAAGCAUUCAAGCAUGUAUCAUAGCUAAUGCUUCGAUCAAGGGAAAAAAGGCCUCAAAUAACAAAGGCCUAGCCUCUUAGUGUUGUGAAUGAAUCUGCUAAUGCUCUUGUCACCACACAUACACACACACACACACACACACACACACACACACACACACACACACAAAUAAAGACCAAAAUCAAUACUAGCAUUGAUGACGACAUAAUUGGAAAACAGUAUUGGCAGACAGAAGUGUGACAGCUUAAAACACACAUAAACUGCACACACUGUAGAUGAACAUAACCACAGUGUUAUCUCAGCCAGGCCUGAGCCUAGUAAUAAUGUGUUCAGUUAUGUGCGUUCAUAUAUCUGUCUAAGGCUGAUCCCUCACACAUGUCUGUAUGCUCAAAGACAUCCCAUCGUUCCUUUGAUAAAUAUACUGUAUUUUGAAAUACCUAGUAUGUUACGUAAAUGACUUGCGGACCCCUCAUGCAAGUGAAAAACAUCCUCUCCAGUUUUGAAAGGCAUUUCCGGCUAGCGGGUAGGCUAAAAACAAUUCUUACCUAGUUGGUUCAGGUUCAGGCCACAUUUGUUCCAUUGCUGUAGUUGAAAAACUGAAAGGUUAGUUUCAUUUUUUAACCAAAGCAUCUGUUGAUCGAUUCCAUAACCAAAAUGUUAUAUGAGUAAUUAAAGUUAGACAGAAUCCUUUAUUAGUUCAUCCAGUUUUUAUUAUCGUAGACGCCAUCUUGACUAUAAAGGAGCUGGAACGGACAAUUGAGUGAGAUUGAACUCGGGAUUAGGAGACAAACAGAGAUCUUUAGUCACUUUUUUACGUCUGGUUAAAUUUAUUUACAACAUCUUAAUCUUCUUUGCUGUAGAGCUGCAAGUCUUCCCAAACCCUUUCUGUACAGUAGUAGCAGAGCAACAGAGCUGCUGUCAAGUGAAAAGUGGGUCAUUCAGAAUGACUACCUGUAGGUAAAAGACGAGGCACUGUCACCCUGAGACCCACGAUAAACAGGAAGCACAAAGUGACCAGACAGGCACUCUGCAUUUCCCCCCUAGUCUUCGGGCUCAUCAUGUUGUGACACUGGUUGACAAGAGUCCCGGCUCCCAACCUGGUGACAGAAAUGAAGAGUGAGGCCUCAGUCGGCGCUGAUCAGAGAUCUGCUCCUCAUUCCUCACCAGGUGUGCUUGGCCUCAGACAACACUGGAGGCGACAGGCAGACACUCGCUCGGUGCAGUUCAGGGUUACUUUAGUCUUUUUUGAGGGAGAAAUUAAAUAAAAAAUAAAAUCUGCAAGCUUAAAAUACCUAAAAAACGAAAACUCCCGUAAUCUGUUAAUGGUGUAGUAUUGCAGUGUGUCUAUUACUGAGUUGAAUAUGGUUUUUAAAUUACACAUUCACAGUUCUAGGUUAUCAACAAUGGUUUAUGCCAGGUCAAAUGUUUAAUAUAUGUUUCCCCGAGCCACUAUGUUGAAAUCACUCACCUAUAGCCUAUGGCCUACUGAUGCUAAACUCCUCAAUGCGUCAUCAAGUUUUCCUAAAUUUCGACAUUAAUAUCCCCUCAGAGGUUUAAAUUAUUUGUUUACCAUUCAUCUGCAUGUGAAAUACAUCAAUUGUUUGAAAUAUGAAGUGUGGAGAUAGCCAAUGUAGCUUCAUCUACAAUAUUGAAAUUAACCAGACAACAAAACAUAAUACUACCUAAAGAGUUGCUUAAGAUGUUAGCAUGAUGCUACUCACAUAUGCUAACAAAAAGAGCUUGAGCUAGGAUCGUUGUUUAUCUUGUCAUACACAGAGGGAAACAGCUAGCACAACUCAUCAACUCCUGAAAACAAGCUUUAAGCACACAGUGUAGUUUUUGAGACUCUUAAACAAACAGUACCAAACAUUUAUUUGUGAGCCUAAGAGCAGUCGGUUGGUAAAGUUUUUUUCAGCAGGGCUAGCUUCUUUCACCUGUCUUUUUGCUUUAUGCUAAGCUAACUGCCUCCUGGUUUACUACAGACUUAAGAAUGUUUAUAAUCUUCUAAUUUCUCAGUCAUACAAAUAGUAAGGUUAUUUGACUUAAUAUGGAGCUAUUCCUUGAAAGCCUUCAUGUUUGACGAAUAAAAAAUGUCUUCAGUCAAUUUAGAGGCCUUGCGGACUAAGGGGAGUUCAAUGUGUACAUUUGGAACUUGCAUACAAUAUUAUUAAACAUAAUAUAUUGACACUUCACGGGACAAAAGUUAAACUAAUCAAUGAGUUCUUCUGACAGGGAAAUUAUAUGUCAAAUUAAAUGUAGACCUUAAUGUAGGUAAAUCUGCCGAAACAUUAAUGAUUUUAAAUUGUCUUAUUAUUUUUUGGAUAAUCUGAAUAAUUACACCAUUUGACCAACAUUGUGUUUAGUGUCUGGUCACUAUUUGAAGGCAGCCCUUUUGGAUUGGACUCCUACUGACUUCAGUAUUUCUAUAUAUUUUUUAAAUCCUGUGCCCCUGUUUUAAGGUUUCACAUUCAAGCUCUUUUCUUAGCUUUGCUGGUUUUACAUUAACAUUAUAUAAAUACUGGGACUGCAGCACUUGGCAAAAUGAUCUGAGCACAAUUUUGAUGCAAAAAGGACAAACUGUCUGGCAGUUUAGCCCUUAACCUGAACAUUUAAAUAACAAAGUUAAAUGGCAAUGAUUUUGCCAUUGCUGAUUUUAUGCUGAAAACAGAAUAUAUUGUAUGUUGCUUGUGUAUCGUUUCCAAUAGAUUUACUAUUUAAUGUUUAUGUUGACGUCAAACAGAGGAAAAGGUGAUGAUUCUUGAUGUACCUUACAGUAUGAAGGUAAACCUAUCGACAAUUCUUGUUUCAAGUGCAAUUAAUAGAAAGUAAAUUAGUUUAGACUUAAUGAUGGCAUUGCAGAAACAUUCAAGUGAUCUCUGGCCUGUGGACGAUGUCAGUUAUUUAUUUUUACGUGCUGUGGUUGGUUGUGUGGUUUUAACUCCUGCACCUACAUGAGUGCAAGAUCUCCCAUCAAACAGCAGAAAAAUGCUUUCAGAAGCCUCAGGAACGACCCCUGCUGGAUAUAUCAGCUUUUACAAUCAGCUAUCCCUGGUGUUUAACCCUAAAUACCACCAUUUUCCCAUGAGUCUUUGUUUCCCUCAAACACAUUUCCUUCAGUAAGAGAAAAACGGUGUGGGAACUGUAUUUCCAGAGAUUUUACUGUACAAAAUAGAAAUAGGAGUGAAGAAGGGAGAACAGACAAGGUCAAGCAACAAGCAUGUUAUUUUAUUUGUGUGUGAUCCAUGUGCACUGUUCAUGUUGAGGGAGCAAUAAUCCUCCGACUCUUUCAUUGAGCGCUUAUACAUUGCAAAAAUAAGAGAGGAAGAUUCCUGAAGAAGGGAAAAUUGUUAUUUAUUAAAAGGUGGCAUAAUUGUUUAUUGUAUUGUUUUUUAUUCAUGAAAUUAAAGCUUAGACAUGACAAAUCUCA